UCUGUCAGUGACCGCGCAAGCGUGCGGUUCGUCUUCAGGAGCUUGCAGCACGCUUCGACAGACAGCCACGAUUUCUCGUAGCAAUCUCAGUGACAGUGGAAAUCCUACGAACCUCUUGUCUGAAAACUGAUUAAAAAAUAGUUGACUUUCGUUUACGGAAAGUGCGAUCGAAUCACUGUUCGAUGUUGCCGGCCAACAUCGCUGGAGAUUUAAAAGAACGUAUUUUCGUGAACUCCCUUGCGGAAAGGAUUUAAAUAGUGCGGCGUGUGUUCGUGAUAGAUGGUAGUUUUUGUUACGCGGAACAGAGUUCAAGGAUCCGGAGGUGUGCCGUGGGCAAGAGAGGAUAGAAAAUCUCGAGGCCGGAGGACGAGCCAGGAGGGCUAUCGAUCAGCUGGAACUUUCGGCACUGCGAAUUUUCAACCCUUAUCUCGGUGGCAACGUGCUGAGUCGCCGAUCGCUCCUUCCCUGUGCCGACGUUCGAACCCCCUUGUCGAUCGACUCCGAUUUGACAUAUUGUGACUCGACGCCGAAGUGCUCGGCACGUUGAAUACACAAUUAAACUGUGAUCAAUCUCCGUGCGAAGAUCGUAUAAAAAUCAAAGUAAGAAUAUGUACAGCAGGGAUAAGAUAAGUUCUCCUCAGUUUUCUAAGUGUCGUCCGGAACCGUGACUUACGUGGAGUAAACUCGUGGAAUUUUCUAUCAUCGACUUUCGACGGCCCAAGAAAAACGAACUCUUUAUUUAUUUUUUCCUCUUCCCUCUCGGCAGUGGAAGCGGGUGUAUAUAACAGGUGCACGAGGGGUAAUUCCGGGUUGCAACUUUCCACGGCUCGUCGUAUUUCACGUGAAACACGCGACGAGCAAAGUUUAAUUUGGGAUUCGUGGCGGAGUUUCGUGUGUACUUUGUCGUACGUAGACGCCAUCCAUCGACGCUCGGUCUCGUGGCGCCCGAUCCCUUUGAAGCCCGGACCGGAAGGAUCGUUUGGACGAAAAGCGGCCGAAAAUUCUCCGCUUUAACCGGUGCUGUGCAGUGUAACUUAGUAAAGAGAAAAAACGAGUACGAGACCCGGCAAAGAAUUUUACGUUCUCCGUGUGUUCGAAUUGCGUGCCUGAUGUUUACAGUGUAAUACAAAGAAAAGAGUGGCAGAGGGGGCGUAUGGUCGUUUAUGAUUGAGGAAGUUCGCAGCUGAGGUGUUCCGUGGAUAUUGGCUCGUCGAUGAAGGUGUGCGAAACUUGUCAAAGUCUCAAUGUGCGAUCCAACGGCUUUAUUGGAUCUGGUGCCGAGCGAGGGAUUACUCAAGAGGCCGUCCAUGGACUAUAACGAGUACACGUAUUGCUACGGUGGUGGUCGAGGGUGUUUGUUGGACAAUUCGGCGCCGAGGGGCCCGCCCGAUGUGCCACCCCGUAACCCUACAAUGAGUCGCGUAAACGGAAGACUGCCAGGAAGUCACGCAGCCAGCGAUUACGAGCGUGAUCCAGACCUUCAGCCGUCCUGUCUCGUACGCACCUCAUCCGGCAGCUUAUACAGUAGACCAAAGAUACCGAAGAAUGAGUACAACAACAAGAACCAGUCCACGGGGAAUAGUCCAAUAAAGGUCGAGCUGCAGAACAACAUGGACAGAGUACCUUUACCGUACAGGCACGCGCCGUCGAUGAUCCCGAUGAGCCGGCAAAGCUGUUGCCAUUUCGUCAAGGGGGUCGAUUGCACCUGGAAGUUGAUUGCAAUGAUACUGCUCAUUCUCUCUUUAUGCGUCACCGCGGCGUUAGCUUAUUUCAUAGUUUCGAGCAUAGGGAAUGGGUCGCAGGGCACGAAGGCGUGCACAGUGUUGGUCGGCGAGAACGCGGACACGAAGCCACUAUCCUCGGACGGGAACAAGACUUCGUCGUCAGCGAUCGCUUCGUCUUCGCAGUCGACAACACGACGGCAACAGGCUUCCUCCGGAGGUAGUAUUAAUAACCCGUCGACGGCUAGCAUGUUGUACGUCCGUAAGCGUAGGGACACGUUUAACCAGCAUGCGUUGCACCAAACCGUCACGUCUCGCGAACCAAAAACCUCGCAAUCCUCGACGACCGAUAACGAUGAGCCAGAAGCCACUGCUGCUACACAGCAGCAGCAGCAGCAGCAGCAAUCUUUAUCAUCGGUCACGUUCGACGAGGAUGACGAUGAUCGCGUUGUGGUUCUGCAUGAAACGGAGCAUGAUAACAAUUCCUCGGAAGUGAAUAUCGAACAGAACGUGGAGUAUGUAAAAGACGAUAAUGACUCGACUCCUAUGGGGACGCUGCUUCAUGUUGUGAAUGUCUCUGAGUCUUCUUCUUCGGUUGUUACUAACUAUUCACGUGAUGUCACUGUCGCUGAUGUAGAAUCUACCUCCUCCUCCUCCUCCUCCUCCUUCUCUUCUCCGUCUGCCUCUGGCUCUGUUAUUGUUGAUCCCACUGUUGCUAGUAGCGAUGAUCGUUCUUCUUCAUUUAAUGAACCUGACCGAUUCACCGAGGCUCGUGCGGAAAACGGUGCCACGUUAAACCGGGAAUCGACUACCGAUUCGGUUACCCGAGUCGACGAUCCGAGCACGGAUAAUGGUAACGUCCCGAGUAGCAGGGAAAGCUCGAGCUUCCCCGGGGCUUACACCGGUCUAGCGUCCUCCGUAGAGUCAAAGAACGCGGAAUCGAUAACGGUGAAAAAUUCAUCGGACCGCGAGACGAGUAGCGCUACAGGUAAUAUAGAGCCAGUAGAUAAGACCGUGGAGUCGUUAGACGGCGUGGACGUAAGUAGCGAAGUUAGCUCGGGAGAGGAUGAUCCCGAGAGCAAGCAGCCCGUAGCGCCGGUAGAGCACGUAGAAUCUAGUUCCAAGUCGGAAUCCGCGGAAGCGGGCGAUACGAGGAUCGACGAUAAAAAUCUGGCGAACGAAAACGGUACGUGGCGGAAUGAGGACGUUAGGAAUGCGUCCGAUUUUUCGGACGUCGUGAAGGAAACGCGAGAACUCUCCCGGGAGGAAUCCUCCGAGUCGGACAUUUGGCCUGCCCGUGAAAACAGCACGGAUAGAGCCGAAGAACCUCAGCACGACUACCCCUUGCCGAUUUAUAAUUACGAGCCAGACGAGGUCGAGAUCGUAAAGCUGAAUCAAGGUACCACGAAGAAGACCAAGCAAUCGUCGUACAAGAACGAAUUGACGAACGACGUGCCUCCAAUGCGACCGGUUAGCGAUCUGAGAGUGAUCACUCACGAGGAAAGCGAUGAGGAAUUCUUACGAGAGUUUGAAAGGAAGUUCCGCGAGGAUGAGACCGAUUCGAAACCGCGCGACGACUCGUCUAAGAAAUCUGUGGAACCUGACGACGUGAAACCACCUUUAACGCAGCAAGUGAAGAUCGUCGAAGUGCCGGUCGAUCGUUCUCAUCAACCGUCACCGGCGUCACGAGUGCUUGUGAACAUAACGAUCGCUUCGGGAGACUCAGGUGCCUCUAAAGCGCUGUACGUGCUCUCCGUUUCCGUGCCCACGAGCGGUGACGCCGAGCGACCGAGUUCCGAGGAACGAGUCCGGGUGCAGGAGCACCACGUAGCCGAGGAGUCGCAUGAUAACAGGCUGCCACCACCCCCGCAGCCGCCCUCGUCGCCGCCACCGCCGAUCUGGGCCGGUGGCGAGUGCGAAUGCUCCUGUCCGUGCAUGGGCUCGGCCUCCGACGAGUGGGACAGCUUCUCAGCUAUCGACGAGACCUUCGAACAAGAGCAGCCGCACAGUUUGAACGUAACAAUGGACGAACCGGAGCAUCAGGCUCAGAUGACUGAUAUUAAACGGAUCGACGAUAACACAGAGACCGUGGAGAAUUUAGUAAAAGGCGACGAGAACGACUCGCUCGCUUCGACCACGGAAGAGAGCAGUUCUGUAAAUUGGACCACCUCGAAUUACGAGACAGAAUCGAGCAGCGUAGGCUCAGGGUGUUCUGGGAUUACACCCUUACCCCCAGAACCCACUAUACUGAUUCUGGAAGGUGCGAGAACGUUCCCGGCCAGGUCUUUCCCGCCGGACGGCACGACUUUCGCGCAAGUGAGCCUGGGACAGAAGCUGAGCAAGGAGAUACCGCCUUACAGCUACUGGAACAUGCAGUUCUACCAGUCGGAGGCCGCUUACGUGCGGUUCGACUAUAAUAUACCGCGGGGCGCGAGCAUCGGCGUUUACGCGAGGAGGAACGCGCUUCCCACGCACACCCAGUAUGAUCUCCUUGAGGUGCUGAGUGGUUUCAAGGCCAGGACCACCAGGGCGUCCCAUGUUAGUGUCAUUCCAUCGAUCAAAAAGGAAGUGACACACUAUAUGGAGCCCGGGCACUGGUUCCUUUCAUUGUACAACGACGACGGCGAUCCUCAGGAAGUGUCGUUUAUAGCUAUAAUUGCGGAAGACAUGACGCACAAUUGUCCGAACGGCUGCAGCGGAAAGGGUGAAUGCCUGCUCGGUCACUGUCAGUGCAACCCUGGUUUCGGUGGCGAGGAUUGCAGCGAAAGCGUCUGUCCUGUCCUUUGCAGUCAACGCGGCGAGUACAUAAACGGCGAGUGUCAGUGCAACCCCGGGUGGAAGGGCAAAGAGUGCUCGCUGCGGCACGACGAGUGCGAGGUGCCCGAUUGCAACGGGCACGGGCACUGCACGAACGGCAAGUGCAAUUGCGUGCGCGGCUACAAAGGCAAGUUCUGCGAGGAAGUGGACUGUCCGCAUCCGACGUGUUCCGGUCACGGUUUCUGUGCGGAGGGUACCUGCAUCUGUAAGAAAGGCUGGAAAGGAGCGGACUGCAGCCAGAUGGACAAGGAGGCGUUGCAAUGUCUGCCCGAUUGCAGCGGACACGGAAACUUCGAUCUCGAGACGCAGACGUGCCUCUGCGAGCCCAUGUGGUCCGGCGACGACUGUUCCAAAGAACUGUGCGAUUUGGACUGCGGUCCGCACGGUCACUGCGUGGACAACGCGUGCGACUGCUUGCCCGGUUGGUCCGGCGAGCUGUGCAACUUGAAACAAUGCGACCCGCGAUGCAACGAGCACGGCCAAUGCAAGAACGGUACCUGCUUGUGCGUGACGGGUUGGAACGGGAAACACUGCACCAUGGAAGGAUGCCCGAAUUCCUGUUCCGGACACGGACAGUGCCGCGUCAGCAACGACGGCCAGUGGGAGUGCAGGUGUUACGAUGGCUGGGACGGCAAGGACUGCAGCGUGCUCCUCGAGCAGAACUGCAACGACGGGAGGGACAACGACAAAGACGGUCUUGUCGAUUGCGCGGACCCGGAGUGUUGCUCGAAUCAUAUAUGUCGUAGCAGCCAACUUUGCGUGUCGGCGCCGAAACCAAUCGAUAUUCUUCUGCGAAAGCAGCCGCCGGCUAUCACCGCGUCCUUCUUCGAGAGGAUGAAAUUUUUAAUCGACGAGGGCAGCCUGCAGAACUACGCCCGGCAGGAGACGUUCAACGAGAGUAUGUUCUGGAAUCACUUCAACACAAGCCGAUCGGCCGUCGUGCGUGGCCGGGUUGUCACGCAUCUUGGCACCGGGCUGAUGGGCGUGCGAGUCAGCACUAGCACACCCCUGGAAGGCUUCACCCUGACCAGGGACGAUGGCUGGUUCGAUCUCCUGGUGAACGGCGGUGGUGCGGUCACUCUACAGUUCGGAAGGUCGCCGUUUAAACCACAAAGUCACAUCGUCUUCGUCCCUUGGAACGAGGUCGUGAUAAUCGACAAGAUCGUGAUGAGCACGGCGGAAGAGAAACAGCCGAGUCACAUUCCUCACGCGUGCGCCGCGCACGAUUACGACCUGAUGAAGCCGGUGGUCCUCGCGACGUGGAAGCACGGUUUCCAGGGUGCUUGCCCGGACAAGAGCGCGAUUUUAGCCGAAUCUCAAGUGAUACAAGAAAGCCUGCAAAUACCCGGGACCGGGUUGAACCUCGUUUACCACAGCUCUCGAGCGGCCGGCUAUCUCUCUACGAUACAACUGCAACUGACGCCGGAAGUGAUACCGCCGACCCUGAACCUGAUUCACCUCAGGAUCACCAUCGAGGGGAUUUUAUUCGAAAAGACUUUCGAAGCUGACCCGGUGAUCAAAUUUACGUAUGCGUGGAACCGAUUAAACGUCUACAGGCAACGAGUGUACGGAGUGACAACGGCUAUGGUGAAAGUGGGCUACGAAUACAGCGACUGCAAGGAUAUCAUCUGGGACGUGCAGACGACGAAGCUCAGCGGACACGAUAUGUCAAUUUCCGAAGUCGGAGGCUGGAAUCUGGAUAUCCAUCAUAGAUACAAUUUCCAUGAAGGAAUAUUACAGAAAGGAGACGGCUCGAAUAUCUACCUGAAACAGAAGCCGAGAGUCAUACUGACGAGCAUGGGAGAUGGACAUCAGAGACCGUUGGAAUGUUAUGAUGACUGCGACGGUCAAGCUUCUAAGCAAAGGCUGCUCGCACCAGUGGCUCUUGCAACUGCUCCUGAUGGUUCCAUCUUCGUCGGUGAUUUUAAUCUCGUCAGGAAGAUCCUCGUCGAUGGCACCGUACGCACUGUUGUUCGCCUCAAUGCAACCAGAGUAUCCUACCGCUACCACAUAGCUUUAAGUCCUCUGGACGGCUCGCUAUACAUAUCCGACCCGGAGUCACAUCAAAUCAUCCGCGUGCGCGACACCAACGACUACUCCGACCCAGACCACAACUGGGAGACAGUAGUCGGGUCCGGCGAACGAUGCUUACCUGGUGAUGAAGCCCACUGCGGCGACGGUGCCCUCGCGAGAGACGCGAAACUCGCGUACCCGAAAGGAGUAGCCGUGUCUGCCGACAACGUGCUCUACUUCGCAGAUGGUACGAACAUCCGAAUGGUAGACCGAGACGGUAUCAUCACAACAGUGAUCGGUAAUCACAUGCACAAAUCGCAUUGGAAACCGAUUCCUUGCGAGGGAACGCUGAACGUAGAAGAGGUGCACCUUCGCUGGCCUACAGAGUUAGCUAUCAAUCCUUUAGACAAUUCGUUACACAUGAUCGACGAUCAUAUGGUGCUGCAACUGGCCCCAGACGGUCGCGUUAAAGUCGUGGCUGGUCGGCCGCUGCACUGCGCCUCGCCGACUUCAUCGUUCGACACGGAGCUGGCCACGCACGCUACUUUAGUGAUGCCGCAGAGCAUUGCGUUCGGCCCAUCCGGGAAUUUGUACAUCGCUGAGAGUGACUCACAGAGGAUUAACAGAGUGCGGGUGAUUGGUACUGACGGCAAGAUCUCGCCAUACGCCGGAGCGGAAUCGAAGUGUAAUUGUCUCGAACGCGGUUGUGAUUGCUUCGAAGCCGAUCACUACCUUGCGUCCACUUCAAAGUUCAAUACGAUAUCCGCAGUGGCUGUGUCACCUGAUGGUGUGGUCCACAUCGGAGAUCAGGCGAAUUACAGGAUCCGAUCGGUGAUGGCUAGCAUUCCGGACGCUAGCAACGCGAGAGAGUACGAGAUCUACUCGCCGGCUACUCAGGAGAUUUAUGUGUUCAACAGAUUCGGACAGCAUGUAGCCACGAAAAAUAUAUUGACGGGUGAGGUCGUUUACCAAUUCACGUACAACGUGAAUACUAGCAAUGGGAAACUCAGCACGAUUACGGAUGCGGCUGGUAAUAAGGUGUUCCUGCUGAGAGAUUAUAGCAGUCAAGUGAAUUCUAUCGAGAACACGAAAGGACAGAAGUGCAGGCUCAGAAUGUCGAGGAUGAAGAUGCUGCACGAGCUGAGCACGCCGGAUAAUUACAAUGUCACGUUCGAUUACCAUGGGCCAACUGGUUUGCUGAAGACGAAGCUGGACAGCACGGGCCGGAGUUUCGUUUACAAUUACGACGAGUUCGGUAGGCUCACAAGUGUAGUCACUCCAACUGGGAAGAUGUUCAGUCUCACCUUCGAUCUAAGCUUAAAGGGAGCAGUGGUAAAAGUGGGACAGAACAAUAGGAAGCCUAUCUCGAUGCUAAUUAAAGGAUCAUCCGUCAUAACUAAGAUCGGAGAAGCCGAACAACGAACAACAGUGUUACCCGAUGGAUCUGUGGGUCAAGUAACGCCGUGGGCUCACGCAGUCAGCACCGAUACCCUCCCAUACUCAGUGCUAGCUGAAAUCGAGCCACUGUUGGGUGAAAGUAAUCCGGUGCCAGCUAAACAGAGAACGGAGAUCGCUGGUGAUCUUGCGAACAGGUUUGAAUGGAGAUACUUCCUCAGGAAGCAACAGGGUAAUAAGAACAGAGGAAAUUCGAAAUCAGUGGCGCAGGUUGGGAGGAAGCUACGAGUGAACGGAGACAUUUUACUAUCCCUCGAAUAUGACCGUGAGACCAACAGCGUGGCGGUCUUCAUGGAUGACGUGGAGAUCUUGAACGUUACUUACGAUAGAACAGCGAGACCAGUCAAGUGGGGGCCAAGAAAUGGUAUCUUCUCUGGCGUUGAACUCGAAUACGAUCGAUUCAGUAGACUGACAAGCUGGACCUGGGGCGAUAUUAGCGAGACUUAUGGUUUUGACACGGCUGGAAGAUUGUACGAAAUCAAAUACAGCGACGGCACUUCAAUGGUGUAUGCAUUCAAGGAUAUGUUCAGCAGUCUUCCACUGAAAGUGACCACGCCUAGAGGAAGCGAUUACUUGCUACAGUACGACGAAGCCGGAGCGUUACAGUCGUUGACCACGCCGCGGGGACACAUUCACGCGUUCUCGUUGCAAACGUCUCUUGGUUUUUACAAGUAUCAGUAUUAUUCGCCGAUGAACAGACAUCCGUACGAGAUUCUGUAUAACGAUGACGGCCAGAUCUUGGCUAAAGUGUAUCCUAAUCAGAGCGGCAAAGUCACUUUCGUGUACGAUCAUACUGGCAAACUGGAGACCACCCUUGCUGGGCUGUCUUCGAUCCACUACACCUACCAGGAGACCUCGAGCCUAGUUCACAGCAUCGACAUCACCGAACCGAACUUCGAGAUGCGACUCGAAUACAAGUAUCACGCCGGCAUCGUCAAAGACGAGAAGAUUAAAUUCGGUAGCAAGAGUGGUUUAGAUAACGCGCGUUAUCGUUAUCAGUACGACGGCAACGCGAGGAUCUCGGGCAUCGAGGUUGACAUCAACGGGAAGCAACUACCACAGCAGCGUUUGAAAUACAAUCAGAAUCUUGGAAUACUGGAAGGCGUGGGCGAUUUACGAAUAUAUAGAAACCUGUUCAAUAGAUCUGUGAUGCACGAUACCAGCAAACAGUUCGUGACCGUCACUGAUUAUGACGAACACGGCAGAGUUAAGACAGUUCUGAUGAACAUACGCUCGCUAGACGUGUUCCGUAUGGAACUCGAGUACGACAAUCGAAAUCGCAUAAAGAUGAGAAAGCUGUCUGUUGGAAAAGACGCCAUAGGGAAGAAGGAGUGGACUAAAAUGGAGAAGAUUACGUAUAACGCCGAUGGCCACGUCCUUGAGGUCGCUGAUACGGAGAACAAUUGGCAAUACGCUUACGACGAAAAUGGUAACGUGAUCGGCGUCACGGAGCACAACGAGAAGAUCGCGUUAGGGUACGACAGCGGAGACAGGGUCGUUCAAUACGGCGACGUUGAGUUCAAUUCUUACGACGCUCGGGGAUUCGUCGUGAUUCGUGGAGAACACAAAUACAGUUACAAUUCACGAGGACAGCUGAUUCACGCGUCGGAGCAUAAGAAGUUCCAGAUACGCUACUUCUACGAUGACCGCGGCCGUCUUGUAGCUUGGAACGACGACCGUGAGAACAUCACGCAGUUCUUCUACGCGAACCCCAGAACACCUGACCUGAUCACGCACGUUCACUUCCCGAAGUCUGCGAAGACCUUCCGGUUCCUCUACGACUCUCGGAACUUCCUCAUAACGGUGGAAACGUCCGAGCAGAGGUUCUACGUGGCAACCGAUCAAAACGGUUCUCCAUUGGUUCUGUUCGACACGAAUGGGAACGUGAUCAAAGAGAUGAGGCGCACACCGUUCGGGAAGAUAAUCAAAGACACCAAUCCAGAUUUCUAUCUACCCAUCGACUUCCACGGUGGUCUCCUGGAUCCGAACACCAAGUUAGUGUACUUGAACAAGAGACUGUACGAUCCGACAGUCGGCCAGUGGAUGACGCCAGCCUGGGAGCAAAUGGCGAACGAGCUCACUACUCCUACAGACAUCUUCAUCUACCGUUUCCGCAACAACGACCCCAUCAACUUCAAACAGAACGUUGAGUACAUGACCGAUUUGAGUAGCUGGCUGAAAUUGUAUGGAUACGACAUCUCAGCGAUGCUCGGCUCCGAGUACAUGAAACAAAUGGUGUACCAGCCGAACGCAAUGGUCACUUCACCUCAACUGACGCCAGAUUUCGGCGUCAUGUCCGGCUUGCAGUGCAUAGUGAACCGCGUUCACGAGAAGUUCUCCGACCUCGGGUUUGUACCGAAACCACUGCUGAAAUUGGAACCAAAAACGAGGAAUCUCCUUCCUCGCGUGGCUCACCGUCGCGCAGUUUUCGGUGAGGGAAUUUUGGUGUCACGCGUCGGUGGACGUGCUCUGGUCAGCGUCGUCGACGGCGUGAACAGCGUCGUGUCGGACGUGGUCACAUCCGUGUUCAACAAUUCGUACUUCUUACCGUUGCACUUCAGCGUCCACGAUCAAGACGUGUUCUAUUUCGUGAAGGACAACGCGUUAAAGAUUCGCGACGACAUGGAGGAACUACGUCGGUUAGGCGGAAUGUUUAACGUUUCUACGCACGAGACAACGGAGCACGGCGCAGGUACUUGGAAAGAAUUGAGGCUGCACAAUCCAGACGCGGUAGUGGUGAUAAAAUACGGAGCGGACCCGGAGCAGGAGAGGCACAGGAUAUUGAAGCACGCGCACAAACGGGCAGUGGAACGAGCCUGGGAGAUCGAGAAGCAGCUAGUGAUGGCUGGUUUCCAAGGCAGGGGCGACUGGUCGAAGGAGGAAAAAGAUGAACUGAUCAGUAGAGGCACUGUGAGCGGCUACGAAGGUGUCGACAUACACAGCGUGCACAGAUACCCGCAGUUAGCCGACGAUCCUGGGAACGUGGCGUUCACCAGGGAUACCAAAAGGAAACGGAGGAAGAGCGGAAACAGGAGGAACAGAAUCCACAGGCACGACUCGUGAUUCGGGGACGCGACGCGUGAACGCGACGUCUGGGAUUUGAUUCACGCGUCUACGUGAAUCUGUCGAGGCUUAACCGAAUGAAGAGAGACAAGACUAACCUUCGUUCUAUACCGAAAGGACUCAUCGAGACCGCGUAUACGUGCCGUCUAUCCUCUUAUACUCCCCGAUCGUUCUCUCUAUCUUCUUCGCCGCCGCCCGUCGUUGUCUUCUUCUUCAGCGCACUCAGGAUGGAAGUGAUACGUGUUCGUUCUCGAAAAUCGCGCGGUCGCUGAUCCGUUGGAUUGUUUUUUACGUUCUGUAGGAGAUCCCGCUCGGUGUGCCAUAUUAGCGUGUCGCUUGUGAUUCACUCGUGUAAAGUAAUUUCCGUUUUGUCGACUGCGAAGAUUUCCGGGUUCGAGGGACAGCACAUUCCGAUUGAAAUUGUGAGCUAGUCAGAAGUUCGAGGAAUGAUAACGAACGUGAGGGAAGAUAAAAGAAGCUUGUGCGUGGUAACGAUCUCUGCUCGGAAUCGACCGUGAGGAGUUAAGAACCGGUGGAUGAACGUUCAAGGUGCCGUCCGUGAUUUGAAAUUCGAAAUGUUCGAGGGCGAACGUCGAGGAGUGCGCGGGAGGAAGGAUGAAGAGUUCUCUUACUGCCAGCUCGCAGGGAAUGAUCGAUCGAUCCGGAGCUUGGCGUAUAUUUCACAUGCAACAGGGUCUAACGAGUCGUGCGUACGCUCGCCGAGGCACACGCGAACGGGACGCUUCGAGGCCGACGUAUCCGGGGCGUUUUUCGUUCUCACGAAUAUAAUACAUAGGUGGGUUGACGAUUCUCGAGGAGACGACACUUGUUGAAAAAGGAAAUGCAAAACCGUAAAAGAGAGAGAGAAAGAUACGUCGACAAAUUAUACAGCAGAUAUUUUUAACAUGACGCAAAGAGAAGUGGUGUGUGUUAGUGUGAGGGCGUGCGAUUGUAAAUAUAUACCUACUCGACUAAUUGUAACGUGUAGAUAAUAUACAAUAUAAAAAGGUACAUAUAUAUAUAUAAAUAUAUAAAUAUAAAUAUAAAUAUUCGAAAAAACGAGAAACUGUCGAUAAUGCUUUUAUAUAUGUAUACAUGUAAACAGUCGUACACGGAGCCGCGUGUACGCGGACAACACGCGAGACACCUACGCCCAAUAUUGUUAUUUAGAGAACAGGUGCAUAUAAUAAUGAAUCGUGCGGAGAUCCGUUGAAUUGAUGGGGAAUUAAUCGGACUCAGGUUUACGCGAAUGAGUAAGCGAAUACACGCUCGCUCGUUCGCCUGUUAAGGACGACAUUGUAUCCACUGAAAAUUGAAACUCGCGUCUGAUCGUUGAGAUCCGAGUAACCAGUUCGGAAUCGAUUGAGUCGCCGCGCAAGGAAAUGGAUACGUGUAAAUAGGGAUCGAUAGCUACGAUAACGUUCGCGUGCCGCGCGAUAGCUAUGAUAAUCGAACGAUGAGAGGGCUGGGGGAUACGUAAUAGGUUUUGUAUGUGAUGGUUCGGUGUCAGUGCUUGGCAAUUGGCAAUUGCGGUGUUAACGAGACGAGCAAUAGACGGGGCAGGGCUGGAGUGUCAUGAUUAGGCGCAUCAAACAAGUUAAUAAUGUCCAGGUGGAGUAAUAAUAACGAUAUAAUAAUUACGAUAAUAAUAGUAAUAAAUAUGAUAACGUAAUAAUGAUAGUAAUAACGACGGUAUGGUAAUACCGAUACUAAUAAUAAUAGUAAUAAACUAAUUAAAGAGAAUGAAAGAAAUAAUAAUACGCGAUAUAAUAUAUACUAUUAUACGGAAAAUCCCCCGCCUAUCUUUCUACUAAAAAUGAAAAAAAUUAUUUUUUGAAUUGUGUCGUCAAAGAUGUCCUAUGUAACCGCGUGUCUAUGGGAUCGUCCCGUGGAAAAAUCAACCCUGCGCACCAUCGAGUAUAUCGAGUGAAUCUCUUAAUAAAAGUAAACGAACAAAAAAGAAUGAAUAAGAAAAACCUCCUCUCUGUUGUAAGAUUGUAAAACAAACUCGUCGGUGUUUAUCGGUGCUGGAUAAAAUCAAGGAGAAGUGUAAAAAAUAAUAAAAAUAGAGAAAUCGAGCUCUGGUGGUUUCGAGAACGGGAAGAAGCGAAGUUAAGCAGCAAUGAACAUAGAAAGUAAAGAACGCUAAUGAAAGAAAGAAUAUAAAACGACGCGAUAUUAAUACGUACGGUAUAAGUAAAUAUAUAAAGAGGAAAAAAAAAAA